AUGCUGAAGUGAGUGUGACAGGAACUCGACUACCGACUGCAUGCGUUCCACGUCACAAGUGGCACACACACACACACACCAAGCAUUUCCAAUAAUUUUGCGACAUUUUAAAAUUACCAGUUGACAUAUUUUUUUCUCGGAAAUGUGCAGAACAAAACCCGUUCUGUUCAAAACUAAGCCUAUUAAGUUUCGUUUCUCUUCUUUGAAUUCUUACUCCCAUGUCGACAUCACAAAUGUUGUUAAUUUUUAGAAAAACCCUGUGCUUUGCUGCCUACUCUACCCGCCGAUUCUGUUGUCAAGAGACCCGUUGUUGAUAGUAAGUAAUUAGCACCAACGCUAUCAAUUAGCCGAUAAUGUUGUUGUUGUUGAGUGAAUGUCCUCCUGUCCUUUCUAGAGCUAACGACAUUACGUCGGUCCGCGAGCUGGCAGGAUUAGGACCCUAAUUCGCCAAGCGUGUCAUAUUCGAACUUGAACUGGUUUUAUUCGCUUAAAUGUUUUUCCCAUGCCACCUACUAAGUCUACCAGAUCCCUCAUUCCCCUCAAAUUAUCUUACUUGCUGCAAUGAUAGCGUAGUUGCCCAUGCUCGUAUUCUUAUUGGUCAAGAACUCACUGUCGGUGUUGAUAGGUUGCACAGUAGUGACCUGGUUGCAUGUUUACCCACUACUGUCACUUACAUCUGUCUGCCGACCCUGUCCGAAGAGAAACUAGUCAUCUAAUAAGGAUAAGGAGAUUCGCUGUUUUUGAUUUACUGGAAGAGCCCGUGACUUAGCUGUACCGUCCGGAGUUGCACGUUAGCCGCCUCAUUGUUCCUCUGUUAACGGUAAAAUAACAGAAAUGCAUUCAAAACACCGCUUGACGUCUCAGAAUUGGUCAGUACUUAUCAUCAGUUAUAUGAAGGAAGCGCGCUUGCAGAACCAACACGUGUAGGCACUCAAACGUCAGGGCUAGAGGUGAAACUGUCAUAAAAGAAGCAUUCGCGUUGAUACUGGAGGGCGGAGAAGUCAAGGGAGGGGGUGUGGGGGAGGUGCCUCGUGGUAAGAUCAUUCUCCUUUCAUCUUUGACCUCUUUGCUUCGAGAAGUUGUACUUCACUCCGCCCAAUCACAAGCAUCUCCUGUGCGGCCAUGCUGCCCGCUACAGGACAACUGGUCGAAAACAUCGCAACGCCCACCCCCGCAAGACGGCACUUGGACCACCAAGACAAGUCAUCAUUAAUGAUCAAAGGGUAACCGACCCCACUAAGCCGGCUCUGUCCCAAUGUUCAUUUAGUUAGAUUUUUAAAUCACGCCGACCCAUCCUGCACUGGAUAUCCUGCUAACGCACCGCGCACUCAAAAGGAAGUGCGAGGAAUGUUUUUCCAUUCCAACAUUUAUUCAUGACGCCAUUAAUUGAAGGGCACACUUAAUGAAAAGCCUGUGGUUGGAAGUGGUAGGUUAGCCCCUCAACACGCUUAAGAGAAUCUGGUGCAAACGAGGAUUUCCUAGGUGCUGUGGGCUCCCAUCAUUUUCUCCGCUUAGCGGAAAGAGUAGGAGUUUUGGCAUUUUAGGAAAUGGUAGGGGGCGCUCACCGAUCGUUCAUAUGGAACUCACUCGUUCCGUUGUGCCUUAAGGGCUCUCUCUCUCGAGCCCAACCAGCAACCGCACAGCGGCGCAUGAUGUAUAGGCAGAAUGGUAUUACCGGUAAUACCAUUCUGCCUAUAUACUUUAGGAAAUUCCCACAAGUAUCCGAGAGCUCGACCGUCGUUACCGACGAUAUUCACCGUGUGCUCCACGGAAGGGUGAGGAGGGGGACGGUGACUUGUGCGCUAAUCACUUUAUAGUGAUAACAGACCUGCCCCGCAUCUACCGCACUCUCUCCUCCCCACUCCACACCCGGACCCACUGUCGUGACAGAGUUAAGAAAAUCGGAAAUAGGAGAGGACGCUGGUGGCUGGCACGGCGAAAACCCGCACCUAGGCGUACCACCACACUCUCAGGCCAACAGCAAACGCUCGACCAAGAUUGUCAACAACAACAAAGAUGGGGGCGGGAGCAGGAAUUGCAGUUGGCGCGGUGUGAAUCUGAAAGCGGGCGUGCCGCCGCGUCCCGAAUGCCGGCAUUUGCUACGGUGUGCGCAUUCCCGAUAACGCCCGUCGGACUCCUAUCUAACCCCUGUGCUGGUCCAGCUCAUCAACCACAUGGCCCAUUUUAGGGACUCCACCCCCCCACCCUCAGUCACCCGUUUAAUAAAACAUGCCAUAGGCACAUGCUCUUGCCUUCAAAAAAUCGAUAGACACGAGGCAACUGCUGAUUCUGGACACUAAAUCUUUUUCUGCAAACUCAACGUUCGUUGGCGAUAAUUGUAAAAGCGUGUGUUUAACAACCAGUCCGAGGCAUAAUUAACAACUCGCUCACUUGCCCCAGUCCCCCAAUAAAAUUUCAGUUUGAGGGACUAGGAAGAUGCCAAAACGCGAUAGGGCAUUCGCAUUUUCCGACCACAGCUUCAAACGAAACCACCCUUUUACCGCUCGUUUAGAUGCAGUCUGUCUCACAGAUAUGAGGCUACCCACCUCCUGUCUGAAAUUUGGACAUUUUGACGUUGAACGAUGCUGUUUUUGCGUGGAAAAAUAAGGUGAUAAGAAUAUUAUUGCGGAGAAGAUUUCAUUGCAAAAUUACUUUAAUGGUGCAUCAGGAAUUGAACAUUUUCAACGUUUUACUGUCUCACACUUACGACUCCGCUCACAUUUUAGUGUUAGUGAUGAAUAAAAAAGAAGAUGUACAGUCGCCACCGCACCUUACUUUUUCCGGACUGUGUUUAUUCCCGUUCUGUUCUACUAAAUCAGAACAGCACACGCAUUCCAAAUAGCCUUCCCUUGUCAUCACUCGAAUGGUUACUGGUUUAAUAGUGCAUGGACGUCUGAAAACUGCUCCUCAUAGCAUGUCACUUGGGCAAUGAUUGGUGUUUGCAGGGGACCUGAUCACUAUAUAGAGUUGGUCGUGUCUUUGUCACUAAUUCGCCCUCUAGGAAGCACCUAUGCACUCACUGAGGACAACAUUUUAACAAAAAAUGUCUAACAAUUCUACUGGGCAUUCUGUUUACCUUUCAAAAGCCGUGAUUCGACCAAAUGCUCCCCAAGCCAUUGGCCGGCCACCUCUAUGUGAUUAUCUGCUGUAGGCAAAGGUUUUUUUUGUGCAGGCCGUGCCAGUACCAGGUUUGGCAAUUCAAACCACCAUAAUCGUAUUUCUUUUCGUCGCAGAAGAUCAUUUUACGUAAGGGAUCAUGUUCAUGGAGAUGUGAUCAUUGACUGAACUGACGUGCUCGUAGAGCCUGCCUACAGGCGAACACCGAUGAAUUGUAGACUUUGCAAAUUCCAGUGUCAAAUUCCGCCUGAAGUUGUGCCAGCUCUUUCUGCUCCAGAAAUCUAGUUCCUUCUUCCAGCUCGUUCCGGCUGUCAGAAAUCUUUCACCGGAUGCAGCCCCAGAGUCAUUGAUCGAUCACCUGGGCUUUCGUCCGAUCUAUUUAUUGCUCUGGCUCACUUCAUUUAACGAGGAAACCUCGCUUCGUCCAAAAGUGCCCAGUUGCACCCGUAUUCGUGCAUGAAAGACGCGAAAUGCCUGCAGUUUGUCGGUUCUGAGAAAAAAAUGGAUUUAAUUUAACCGGUGGAGCUAGUGAAACUGCCAGUAAAAUUUUACAUGUGUAGAUCUCUAGGGAAAUACGUAUACUAUGCCCUGUGCAGUGUCCUUGUAGACACAGAGCGACUGUUGCUUAUAGAAUCCAUACUACCACCUACGGAAGUGGUCGCCCGCUGAUCCCUGGGGACCGUCCUUCUGCACUUCCACCCAUGGUGGGAUCAACGGGCUCCCAAUCCCCCUCCCCUCCCCCUCCACCAACAUCAGUGGCAUGGCUUUCUUCAUGGCUGACCAGCUGACAUCCCGUCUAUCAGCCUAGAGAAUAUUCCGCUCUCAGCUGCAUACUCUGAGCUUUGAUUUGCAUUCUGCUUGUGACCCACAUGCAGAUGAACGUCAAGGUCAUUUGAAGUAGAAUAUAGUGCCCACUUGUGUAACUCUGCUCUCCUGGAAAUCCUCUAUUUGGGCUGUUCUAGUAGGGAGGGGGAAAUUAUGCAUCUGCUUUCACGCCAGAGGCAUUCAGCAAGUGUAAACUGCACAUGCGAGGCUACUAAAUGUAGAAACUUGACGAACGCGCAUCGUUCAGACCAAUGCGGAGACGUUACUUCCUGGCUGAUGUCGUCAGUCCAUUUCGGUUUUGACAGUUGAACGGUCCUAAGGCUGAUGGUCUCUACAUGUAGAACCGGCUUCUGUGGGCUGUCAUCUACGCCGUUGCCAUUAGACGCUGUCCUGGUGUCUCGGUAGACUACGUAGGAGGCUUUUCUGUCUCCUACAAAUUGCCCGAGAAUGCAUUCAACUCCAAACCAUUGUCCCAUGCCUCAUUCUACAGGCGUCGACUCUGGAUCACUGAGACUUAUCCACCCUCACCAAUUUCACAACAAUACUUGAUGCUUUAAGGAGCGAGUAUUAAGAACAAGCAUGUCUUCUACUACGUUAAUUAUACUUCAUUUCGUUUUUACUAUCUGCCAACGUUAGAUCUCAUCAGCUGUAGAACCCAGUCCUACUUCCGUCGUUAACGUCUCGGGGUGUGGUAACAUGUAUCCACCAUCCGUCAGACCGAAAUCCAGCAGUCAUGGAGAGAGUUGACAGUGACUCGAAAGGAACACCUGAUGGCUCAGUUAGGAAACCAGCAACCUAGCGGCAGUCACUGCCAGCUCUCGAAGAGGACGUGGCAAUGCAAAAAUGCGACCUGUGGUGGUAAUUGGCAGUGGAUGCAUUCCGGAAGAAGAAUCUAGAGGGUGGGCCGGUACAAUAGCUGUGAAGGGUUAGUCUGAAGCCUAGUUUUUUUUUGGCCAGUAGCGGUGCGGUCACGAAAAUUUAUCUUGCCCUUCAGGCAACCUAUCAGACUGCGCUCUACACUCGCACAUACGCGGAUCUGUGCGGAAAAGUUUUAUCUCGGCACCUUUUAACGAAACAGGUGUGGCAAUUGUGCGAAACAGAACAUUCGUUUGAAUUCUGCGCAUAUGCAUCUCAUUUGUUCGACUUUUCGAUACUCCGGAACUUGUACCGAAGUUCUUCGCACGAGGAAUGCAGUUGGAUAGCGUCAUAUACGCAUUUCCUGCACGAAGGUGCAUCAGCAUUUGUGAUUGUACAGUUUUAUUUCACAUUUAACUUGUGUUCCCGCCAGUAUAUGUAUCUCGACUAGUAUGCAAAUUCAAUCUCAUCAGUGAUAAUGUAUUUUUAAACCUCGUCGUCAGAAGACCAUCUGACCAGUGUGGGGAAGGUCUGCUUAGAAGUCCCUCUGAAUAUCCUACGAUAGUCUAUAUGAUCUGAUCGCACUUGGACUAGACGAGGAGGUCAAGUGCGAUCCUUGACCGGUUAGAAGUAGUUCACUGGGGCCGAAAUGCUAUCGUCAGACCGGGAACAUUCAGUUCUGCCAGAUGAGGGUUCGCGGCUCUCUAUGUGACAUUGGGAUUUUCAAUUUCUGUGACCAAACGCCUUCGCGGUCCGAUACAGCAAUUUGCAUCACAGUGGUCUCGAUUCGGGUUACAGUCUAGCAUGGCACAGGUGGGAAGGAACAGUCCAAUUACUUGAAGAACAAGAAGAAGAAGGGGAAGAAGAAGAAGCUGAAGAAGAAGAAGAAGAAGAAGAAGAAGAAGAAGAAGAAGAUGAUGAUGAUGAUGAUGAUGAUGAUGAUGAUGAUGAUGAUGAUGAUGAUGAUGAUGAUGAUGAUGAUGAUGAUGAUGAUGAUGAUGAUGAUGAUGAUGAUGAUGAUGAUGAUGAUGAUGAUGAUGAUGAUGAUGAUGAUGAUAAAGAAGAUGAAGCAGAAGGACUCGCCGGAGCCGGUUUAUUUAAUUACUGA